AUGGAUCUUGCAACAAAUGUUCAUAAUUGUCACAGGAUCGUACAGGAUACGGUAGUGGCAAAAACUAGAGUAAUAAGUAUGAAUAAAAGUUGCAUCUCAGACUGCAUAACGUUAAACUACAUAGAUGAGAGUAUAAGAAACGAGUUGCAUCAAGAACAAAACUUCAUAAAUCAAAAAUAAGUAGGACUAGAUACCAAUAAACUUAUGUCUCUGAAAAACAAAAAUCUGCUUAGAUAAGUCAAUUGUGAGCUAAGAAUUCCUUAAUAUUAUCGAGGGAUUUGUCAAGUGGAAUUUGGAUAGUCUUAAUAGUUCUGAUAAAGGAUACUUUACUCUGCUUCAGUUGUCAACACUUGUUUGUGCUUCAAUGGUAUGUAGG